AUGUACACAACAGUGCCAGCACAAUCAGCGGUCAGCCUAUUGACAGACUGCAUAGUCCACUGCUUUGGACUUACCGCAGCUGAUAUACAUCAACUUUUGUCCAUCAUUGUGGACAACACCUACUUCUCUUUCCAUGACAACAUAUACAAACAGACAACAGGUUUCCCCAUGGGAUCCAGUCUCUCAUGUCUACUAGCUAUCACUUAUAUGAACCAUCUGGAACAUCGAGCACUCAUCAUCUGCCGCUCAUGUGCCUUCUUCACCAGGUAUGUAGAUGACAUUCUCAUACUCACAUCCUCCCAUGAAGAGGCUGACAGAAUAUUCACAAUGUUCAACAACAUGGACAUAAAGAUACAGUUCACUCUAGAACAUCCCAACAAUACUGGAUCACUAUCGCUUCUUGACUUCCAACUGAAAAUAACGGAAGAAGAAGAGAUCCACACCGAGUUCUACAGGAAAGCAGCCAGCAGAGAUAUGUUUGUCCAGUACAGUUCAGCACUUUCACUUGGUGUCAAAAUAGGAUACGCCAGAAAUUAA